AUGUCGAACAAGGCACUCUUCUUCAGCAAGAUCCCCCAGCCCCAGCAAUACCCCAAGGCUGGCGAGGAUCUCACCAUCAAGGAGGUCGGUUACGGCCCCGACGUUGCUGCUCCCGAGAACGGUGUCGUCCUCCAGUCCCUCUACAGCAGCUUUGACCCCUACAUGCGGGGUCGCAUGCGCUCUCCCGAAGUCAAGUCCUACUCUCCUCCCUUCGCUCUUGGCCAGCCCGUGGACACUGCCACUAUUGGCAAGAUCCUGCGCUCCAACAAUGACAACUACAAGGAGGGCGAUCUGGUGAUCGGUCACCUGCCUUUGCAGGAGUACGUCGCGGUAGACAGCCCUAACAUGGUGCGCAUCCGCAAGAUCGAGAACCCUCUGGGUCUGGAGGAUAUCCGCGUUUUCCUGGGUCCCCUGGGCAUGCCGGGAUUGACUGCGUACUCCUCCCUGUACGACAUCGGCAAGCCCAAGAAGGGCGAGACCAUCUUCGUCUCUGCUGCCAGUGGUGCCGUCGGCCAGCUGGUCGGCCAGCUCGCCAAGCACGAGGGUCUGCGUGUGAUCGGAUCCGUUGGCUCGGAUGAUAAGCUCGACUACAUUUUGAACGAGCUUGGUUUCGAUGGCGGUUUCAACUACAAGAAGGAGAAGCCUGCUGAUGCGCUCAAGCGUCUGGCCCCCGAGGGCAUCGAUAUCUACUACGAGAACGUUGGUGGAGAGCACCUGGAGGCUGCGCUGGAUGCCUUGAACAACUUCGGUCGUGCCGUGGUCUGUGGCAUGAUCUCGCAGUACAACUCUGCGCCCUACCCGAUCUCCAACCUCAUCAACAUUGUUGCCAAGCGCCUUACACUGCGUGGUUUCAUUGUUGGUGAUGCGAACAUGGGCCCUAUUUACACCAAGGAGCACCAGGAGAACGUGCAGAAGUGGAUCAAGGAUGGAUCUUUCAAGGUUCUGAUCCACGAGACUGAGGGUAUUGAUAAUGCCGCUCAGGGUCUGAUUGACAUCUACCACGGCAAGAACAUGGGCAAGGCUGUGUUGAAGUUCUAA